AUGCUUAAGAAAGAACCACUGUUCAAAAACAGAGAAGACCAGGUUCCUGCUCCAAAGUCACUUGCACCACCUAAAUCUCUCCCUAACAAAAGCAAAAGAAAGCCGAUACCUGAGUUGAAAACCUUAACAUUCCCUGUUACGGGUACCCACUCAUAUUCGAUAUCAAUGGAUGCAUUCAACUACUCACCCGAUCCAGAGAUGGAGAUAUACUUUCUCAGUCACUUCCACGCAGACCACUACGGAGGCAUCAGCAAAAAGUGGUGCUAUGAACGAGUGUUUGAAAGUGUUGAUGACUUCAAAGAUGAGUCAAUGUAUCGACCUUUGAUCUAUUGUAGUAAGACUACUGGAAAUCUUUUGACGUUGAAGUUUGGAAUUGAUCCCAGGUUCAUCGAAUCUCUUGAGUUUGAUGUGCUAUACCGAGUAAUGCGGUUUGACUCGAUGUCCCCAGCGUUUGAGAAGGUCAGUGAAAUGGACAUUGAAGGAAUCUAUGUCACCAUGAUGGAGGCAAACCACUGUCCGGGCUCAGGAAUCUUCUUAUUUGAAUCGAAGUCUACAAUGGCAUCUUCCAAGAAGUACUUGCAUUGUGGAGACUUUCGUGUCAAUAAACAAAUGAUUCAACAUAAAUCUCUCGAAAGGUUUACCCUUCCGAAUUCCACUGAUGUUCUCGAUAAAGUGUAUUUGGAUACCACCUACUUGUCCUUCCAGCGGCGUUUUCCCAAGCAGGAUCUCGUUUGCUCGGAAGCUGCUCAGUUGUUUCAUGAUUUAUGUCAAGGCAAUAAACCCGGAUUGAUGACAGAGUGUUUCGGCCUUGGGAGACAAUCCAGAAUCACGGAGUUUGGGUCCAAGUCAUCUAAACCAAAGAAGAAGUUUUUGAUCUUGGUGGGAAAGUAUAUUAUUGGUAAGGAAAGGUUAGCAAUCGCCAUUCUGAAGAAGAUAAACUGUCCCAUAUACGUUUCCAACGCUAAAAGCCGAGGCAAUCAUGCAGAAGUUGUGGAUGCCUGUGAGAUAGAGUAUUUCAAAGAUCACAUCAUUAAGAACGACCUAGGAGACGAUAGUUCUGACUGCAUUAUUCAUCUUGUUUCAAUGGAGGUUGUGGAGGCUUUAGAAAACGUUUCGAACUACUUCAAACACAACAAGUAUCAUGAACACUUUGAGAGGUGUAUUGCAUUGCGACCUACCGGAUGGCUGCAUGCCUAUGACGAACUGACGGGAUUUCGUUUCGAACAGUUUGAAUCAACCGAUCCAAUCAAUACUUCUGCUGAAAACCUAAACAAUGGCUUAUCGCAAAUAUGUGAAACCUGCUUCAACGAUACUCCAUUUUCCUAUCAAAUCCCUAUAGAUGCUAAAAAGGCAUUCAAUAAGGGCCAAUCAAAGCGAAACGACCUUCGUAUUUACUCCUUCCCCUACAGUGAACACUCUUCAUACCGAGAGCUCACUUACUUUGUAUUAUUCCUUAACAUCGAUCAAAUCAUCCCCACUGUCAACCAAGACAAAUGCCCAAAGAUCAUGGAAAACCAUAUCGUCUAUUGGAACAUCAUCAAGGCACUUCGGGCUGGCAGUCGACCAACGCCCAAAACUAAUAGUAUGACUUAUGACAAACUCCCUUGUCUAUCUAUUGAUCCCCACAUUCGUGAAAAAUUCCAGCAGUUGACGAUUGACAACUUUUGA